UCUCUCAGUCUCUGCACGAGCAAACACACUCCUUCCGAAAACCUGUGCGAGGCGGCCGCUGCAGCGCGAGGCGAUUCCCCCCCUGCGUCCCCGUCACUUCAGUCAACAUGGCUACAGUGGUGACCUCGACCAGAUUCACUGAUGAGUAUCAGCUGUACGAGGAACUGGGAAAAGGUGCCUUCUCGAUCGUUCGGCGAUGUGUCAAGAAGUCCACCGGUCAGGAGUAUGCUGCCAAAAUAAUCAACACAAAAAAGCUCUCAGCCAGAGAUCACCAGAAAUUGGAGCGGGAGGCGAGAAUCUGCCGUCUGCUCAAACAUCCAAAUAUAGUACGACUUCAUGACAGCAUCUCGGAGGAAGGUUUCCAUUACCUUGUCUUUGACCUUGUCACUGGAGGAGAGCUGUUUGAAGACAUUGUUGCCAGAGAGUAUUACAGCGAGGCUGAUGCCAGCCACUGCAUCAAUCAGAUCCUGGAGAGCGUCAGUCACAUCCACCAGCAUGACAUUGUGCACAGAGACCUCAAGCCAGAGAAUCUGCUCCUGGCCAGUAAGAUGAAGGGAGCAGCGGUGAAGCUUGCAGACUUCGGUCUCGCCAUCGAGGUCCAGGGAGACCAACAGGCCUGGUUUGGUUUUGCGGGGACUCCAGGAUAUCUGUCCCCAGAGGUGUUGAGAAAGGACCCGUACGGCAAGCCAGUGGACAUAUGGGCAUGUGGUGUGAUCCUGUACAUCUUGUUGGUGGGCUACCCUCCCUUCUGGGACGAGGACCAACACAAACUAUAUCAACAAAUCAAGGCCGGUGCAUAUGACUUUCCCUCUCCCGAGUGGGACACGGUGACGCCCGAGGCCAAGAAUCUGAUCAAUCAGAUGUUAACCAUUAAUCCUGCCAAGAGGAUCACUGCCGACCAGGCCAUCAAGCACCCCUGGGUCUGCCAACGCUCCACUGUGGCCUCCAUUAUACACCGUCAAGAGACUGUGGAAUGUCUCCGCAAGUUUAACGCCAGGAGGAAACUCAAGGGAGCCAUCCUCACCACAAUGCUGGUGUCCAGGAACUUUUCAGUGGGACGGCAGCAUACCAGCCCUGCUGCUACCACCAGCACAGCCGCAAUGGCACAGGAAGGUACGUCUGUAAGAAUCGGGUUGGAGUCGGACAUGCAAAUAAAAUCGCAGGGAAACAGCAGUAAAAACAGUGUAGUCAGCAGCAGCAGCACCAAAGACAGCAGCAUGUCAUCUACAGCACCAAUGGAAGCCCAGACAACCGUUGUACACAACCCAGCUGACGGCACCAAGGGCUCGACAGAGAGCUGUAAUAACACAGAAGAGGAGGAGAUGAAAGGUAGGAAAGCUCGUAAACAGGAGAUAAUAAAGAUGACAGAGCAGCUGAUUGAAGCCAUCAACAAUGGGGAUUUCGAAGCGUACACGAGAAUCUGUGACCCUGGGCUCACUUCUUUUGAGCCAGAAGCUCUUGGAAACCUGGUGGAGGGCAUGGACUUCCACAAGUUCUACUUUGACAAUUUGCUGAGUAAAAACAGCAAGCCAGUGCACACCACCAUCCUCAACCCCCACGUCCACCUGAUCGGUGAGGACGCCGCCUGCAUCGCCUACAUCCGCCUGACACAGUACAUGGACGGCCAGGGCCGGCCGCGCUCCUGCCAGUCAGAGGAGACACGUGUGUGGCAUCGCCGCGAAGCCAAGUGGCUCAACGUACACUUUCACUGCUCAGGAGCACCAGCGGCGCCGCUGCAGUGAACUGCCCCACCCCAGGCUCAGCUUUGCCUGAACUGAAGCUGUCUGGAGCGUUUAUUCUCCGAGGUUGGAUUGGUACCUGGAUCCUGGCCCGGGAAGAGGCUGCUUGGCUUGGAACGCUGUAUAAAAAAAACACACGAGAGGGAAAAUAUAUUAGAAUUUAAAAAAAUAGAUUAAAUAAAUGCAACACCAAAAAAUGAUGAAUAAAAGUAUAUAUCUAAAUGCUUGACUGUGUGACUGGCAAACACCAACCCAGUCCAACUCUAGCUAGAUGAUGACGGAGCGCGGCUGACGUCGGCUCCCUCUUGCAGGUGGUGCAUGUUUCUGGUGGCAACACGGGGUCGGUCCUGGUGCUGUCCUGGUCCUUUUCUCCCAUGGCCUUCACCCCCACCCCUCCACCCCCUCCUUAGUUCUGUCUGCUGUCUGGAAAAGUAUUAAAAUAUUUUACAAAGUUAGAGAAAUAUACUUAGCAACAAGGAAAAACAAGUUCUCGUCACACACGUUGUUUGGAAACGGAAAAAAUCUCAAAUGUUUUGUUGAGCAGCAGAAUUUCCACUUUAAUAGAAGUAUUGUUUGUUUUCACGCGUACGUGUCGGUGGGGGUUUAAGGGAAAGGGAGUAGCUGAUUAUGUACUUAAUAUUAAAGUUUAACAUCCAUUUCAAGUGUCAUUUUUGAGCAACUGUACUCACAUUUUUAGACGAUGUCACGCGUUACUGAAGGGACCUUUAUUUUUUAUUUUUUGGACUUUUUGUAUUGUUGUUUUGAUUUUUAUCACCUGAAUUAUGUAUUUUAAAGUAUUUUGUGUUAAAAAAAAAAACAUUUAUAAUCAACACAGGGAUUUUUAUUUAACAGAUUUGUGUACAAGUAGAUAUUUAUAUUGGAGAAAAGUGUGGUUUACUUUCAGGUGGUGGGGGGUGUGGGGGGGUGUCAAGCAUGAGUGUGGGGGUGUUUUUUUUUUUUUUUGCUUUAAGGUCCAGAGGUGUAAAUACACACCAUGCACGCACACACACACAAGCACGCACACACACACAAACCCACGUGGGUUGAGCUUUAGGGUUAGGAUCGAGCUUCAUCCUGAAGUUGCAGAAGUUCUCCAUCACUCAAACCUGCAGUGUUUGGAGUCUUCACUAGGUGGCGUCAUCAGUCAAAGCCUAAAGCUCCUCACAUUUUUGAACUACCUAAACAUAGAGGCUCAGACACGCCCUCUUAUUUUCUAUGUGUUUCAGUGUAUUUUGGGUGUGAAGCAUGAUUCCUUUGAUCUAAUGGCCUGUACUGUUUCUGCACAUACACGUGAGACUCGAUGCUGUCGUGUUUGCUCUUCUGAGGGAACGAACCUUUCUGCAACUUCAGGGUUACGCUCGCCAGAAAGCUUCCCCUCCUCCCUACCUCUGUCCCUCUUUACUUCCGUCAUUCCUGCGACUUUACUGACCAGGCUACAUUGUUGUCUUAGUACCAUAGCUCCCAUAUCGUGUGGUGAUAAUGAUAAUGAUGAUAAUAAUGAUGAUGUCACCCUAAUGCCUGUCUCUUGUGCUGAAAAUCUGUAUAUUGUCCGUCUUGGCUUGCUGUACUUCUGUGUGAGGUCCUGGCUCUGUAAAAAAAAGCAUGUUCUAAAUGGAAUGCAGCCGAGGGAUUGGGCUAAGACGAGGUGGAACAGGGAGAGAGCUGUGUCGACUAGUGGGCUGAUGAUGGCGGUCAAUGGAUUUGGUCCCUUUUGUCACUGUUUCUGUUGUAAAUGCUGUAGCCGUUAGUGUUUUGAUGUUGAUAUUUUUAGUACUUGUUACAGCAAGAACUUUAAAAAUUGAAGCGUUGAACUGAUAUUGCCACACACACACUUUCUUUUUCCCCUCCCUCCCUCACUGUGCCAGUUGUCCCCUCACACACACAAAUUAAUACUCACUGAAUGCUGACACUUUGGGGCAAAGACACCAGAUUUGUGUGGCUUAUUAUGUUGGAAUUCACAUCCUUGUAUAAAGAAGCACAUGAGAUCAAAGAUUCUUUCUCUGAGGAGGACAAAAACACGUCUUUGUAUCAGUGGUUUAACUUUGCAGCACAGUUUUUUUUUAACGUUUGGAGUGUGUGACUUUGUCCCGUCUCUGCUCGGCUGCUCCAUAGUAACUCGUGUACUUGGUAGCACUGAUGCUUCAGAUCAUCACAUAUCAUUUGUUUGUGUCCUGAUGCAGUCCAGCAGAUUCUUUUUUUUAAAAAAAAACAUUAAAAAACAAAUGAUGUUGUGAACCGUGUGCACACUGUCCUACUGUAUCAGCCGCCUGCGCUUCUGUCUAAGUGCUGUGACACAUCCGACAUGCCAUGAAACCCUUUUUGUUUUCCUUUUUGACAGCGUUUGUAAAAGCAGUACUGAAACUAUGUGGUGUUUUUUUUAUGGCUCUCAGUAGUUCUGUUUGUUCUCUGUCGAUGUCACCGCCGAUGUGACGAUGCGGUUCUUUUAUUGUGAGCGUGUUUGUGACGUCACAAAGUCAUGGGUUUGUUUCAAUUCAAGAGUGACAUGAAGGUAAACUCAACGAGUCAUCGCAAGGGGAGGGAAACCAGCUGUAGAGUCAAGUUUGCCAAAGUUUUUGGACAGAGAUACAGUUUUAAUUGCAUCAAAAUCACAACGAGGCUGCUUAAAAAAAAGAUUAAACUUUAUAAAAUGACAACGUGUAACCACUAAAGUCUGUUUUCACCUCUAUAGAAGUAUCUACUGGACCUCAUUUAUAAAAACCUUGAAAUAUUAGUGACAUUACAGUAAUUUAAAGCUGUAGCUUUAAAGGAAACACAAAAGCUGAUUAUUUUACAGAAGCAUAUCUGUGGUCAAAUGUGUGCUUUUGAGUGUGUGUGGAUUCAAAACAUUAAAUCUCCAGUAGAAUAAAUGAAGAGCAAAGU